AUGCAGAGUCAAUUUAUAUUCGGCCAUCAGACGCGCAUCGUGAGUCGCAGUAAAAACGGUACCAUCAUCGCCGCGAGUACUCUAAAACUCAGAAAUCAGAGUAAUCAUCAUCAAACUUUUGCCGUGACUCGUCCAAAAUCUAACAACAUACCAAGCAGCAGCAGAAGAAGAAGAAGAUCAUCAUCAUCAUCAUCAUCAUCAUGGGUAACAUCGACGAUUGUGGUGGCAUCGUCGUCGACUGGAUUAUUUGACUGUCCUAUUUUCGCGGAAAAGGCGUUGGAUAAGUUUCAGCAAUCGACGAGUUCAACAACAAAAGCUACGACAGAAGAAGCGAGAGUUUUGUUCGAGAAUAACUAUAUAAUCUUGGACUGUCGAGCGCUCGAUGAGAUUGAUUUCGAGGGAAGAUGCUCCGGGAAACCAAACGUUAUCGAAGUACCGUUAAUAAACGCGAAAAGAGUGUACGAUGCGGACGCAGGGAAGAAGGUAUAUAAGCAAGAAAAAGUAAACGCCGAGGCGUUCCUAUCGAGCGUGACGGCGAAAGCAGGAGCGACGAAGGACGCGAAGAUUAUGAUUAUGGAUAGUAUAGGAGGCGUGAGAGCGGAAAGGGCGUUCGAGAUACUCUCUUCGAAUGGAUUUUCGUCUCUUGUAUUAGUGGACGGAGGUGUAAACGCGUGGAAAGCGGCAUGGGAUGCGACCAUGCGCCGACGACAGUUGCCCGGCUCGUUUUCUCGCGGGUUCGAUAACGCAAUGUUUUCCGACUCCAUGGUCAGUCACGCAGAAACGUUUGGAAGUGGAGGAGACGAAACGGCCUGGGUGGUAUAG